AUGUAUACUUAUACACAAAAAUGUGAAGAUAAUUUUGAGCAAUUAUCAUCACGAUCAUUCUCUUCCCUAGAAUCCUCUUCGUCAUCCUCUUCCUUGCCAUUAUUUUUAAUUCCUUCUUUAUCGCAUGAAUUGUCUCCUCCUCGUAUUAUCAUCAGGGACGAUAAAGUUUCAUUUUUAAUAAACAAUAAUCUUGUCCCUUUUGAUAGAAGAAAGAUGCUAGAAAUAAGAAAGCUUUCAAAUCCACAAUGCAGUAAUUGGAUAUUUACUUCAUUGAUGGCACCAUCUUUAUCAUCAAUUUUUAUUAGAAAUAAAGUAAUUGAUGAACACACAAAGAUGGCCGUCGAAAAAUUGUUGAAUAUUUCUUGGGAAAUUGCUGACGACCAUUUCAAAAACUUUUUCAAGAAUUACAUUGUAAAACAAAAACCUUGUUUGAUUGCUUUCGACAACGACAAUAACGGUAGCAUCGUCACUGGUGGCGUUAAUUUUGCCGCUGUACUGAUAGCUUAUGUUCCCAUUUUAGAAAUCUUUUUUACAAUUCCAACUGUAGAAGAGUAUGUUUCAAAUCUACCGCCCAUAAAACUAAAAUCUGGCAAUAAUUUUAUAAUUUUUAGAGGCUUGGCACAUAAAAGUUUAUUGAAAUAUGAGAAACAUGAUAGUGAAAUGGAAAGAAGUCUUAAAACUAUUAGUGGGAUGUUUAAAGAUAUCUGGAGACAUUCUGAUCAUGUUUUCCAAGAAUAUUUCAUGAAUUUUUUCAUCAGUGUAAAAAAAAUUAGGCCAAGGAAUCAUGUGUGGGUCGAGUGUAAUGAUAAUGAAACACAAUGUGCUUAUCAUCCAGGAGUUCCUAAAAACUAUGAUGAUUAUAACGACACUUUAAUAAUCUAUAAUUACUACUACCACCGAUGUGGAUGUAGACGUGACCAAUAA